AGAUGCGAUCGUAGCAUGCUCACUUCGAAUGGAAUAUGGCAGGCGGCGAUGCAUAUACUAUGUACAUAUAGCAGCAGCUCGACAACGACAACACCAAUUGCAUUGUUCAGUUGUGGCGGGGCGUUGUGCAGUGCAGGCAAACACAAACAGUUGGCAAAUUUGCAUUUAACUGCAGGGAAGAGAUCGCAAGCUUGUACUGGGCAUCUACCGGUCGACUUUGGUUUCUCGGACUCGGUUACCUUGAACAACUGCGAAUAUCUUAUGAAACUUGACUACAGCGUUAUUGACCUGGAAAACCCUGGUGGUGCACUAAGUGCACGUUAUCCUCCGCGUAUUUUUAUACCCGAAUACGAAUAUGGCCACAUGGCCUCUACUGGCAGCGUAAGUACUGCCAAUAUACCAAGUAGUUGCAACAGCACCAGCGGUUACGAAAGUGGGAACGGUUAUACUACCAAUGGAAUUGAUUUGAAAAACUUUAAAUCCAUCCCACCACAGCGCACUAGAGCCCCCGCAAUACCAUCGAUAGUAGAUGACGUCAAUGGGAGCAGCCCGAACGGUGUAACGUCAGCAACAUCUGUAACUGGGCAUACUGGUAAUAAUAGUAAUAGUAAUGGUUGUGAUAGUGGCACAGGGAAUGUCAUUGAUGGCGAUACCAAUAUACAAUCGUUUGUGUCCGUGGCACCCAAGCAUGCAAGACCUCAACAGUCGCAACAAAAGCAGCGCACCAUCUACGAGGAUCUAUAUGAUGUUAGCAAAAUUCGCGAUUUUAUAACGUAUGCUCGAUAUGCGCGUUGUCGGCAACGUUUCGUUGUGCCGGUCAUCCUUUAUCGCGGCAAACUAAUUUGUCGCUCGGCCACAUUAUCUGUGGUGCAUGAAACGUAUUCUCGUUACGCUUACGAUCGCAUAACGUCGGUUGGUACCGAAUCACAACAACGCACCAACGGUGAUGAAAACACUGAAUCUUCGGAGGAAUCUUCUCUAUUCAACGAUGGGCCGUUGCCGUUUUCUUAUAGCGAAGUAAUUAAAAAUGAUGUUUCGCUGUUGAAUACGCUCAAUGUCAACACAAUCGUCGACUUGAUGGUAGAAAAACGGAAAGUCAAAUACUUUAUGACUGUAUCUUCCUCGGAGAAAGCUGAUCCCGAAAAUAACUACGAUAAAUUUAACAUACUCUCCCUGCCAUAUCCCGGUUGUGAAUUCUUUAAAAAAUUUCGCGACAACAAUUAUAUGGCAAAUAAUUUACACUACAAUUGGAAACUGCCAUUCAACGAUGCCAAUAUCAGCAUACCGAAAAUUGGGCCAGCAAUGGACCUUGAUGUUAACUGGGAGGAUUACCAGAAAUGGGACCUAGUGGAAAUCACACAAAAUUACCUCAAAGCAAUGCUGAAGUAUGUACAGGAGGAGAAUACUGGCCUGCUGGUGCACUGUAUCAGCGGGUGGGAUCGUACACCGCUCUUCAUUUCCUUGCUACGCUUAUCGCUUUGGGCGGACGGUCUUAUACAUCAAUCGCUAGACUAUAUGCAGAUCACUUACUUGACUUUGGCUUACGAUUGGUAUUUGUUCGGUCAUCAACUUCCCGAUCGGGAAAAACGUGGCGAAGAUAUAAUGCUCUUCUGCUUUCAUAUGCUGAAAUUUAUAACCGGCGAAGAGUUUAGUUUAGUCGAGCAUAGGAAACGAACAAAAACAAGCAGUAGUAGCUGUAGCGGUAGUAGUAACAUAGUAACGCUGAAGCAGGACGAUGAUGCACCUAUUCGAGAAGAAUUGCUUCAAGCCGCCAUCGAUCAAGACAGUAACGAUAGUUAUUCCAACGGUGAAAUGGCAAUAAAUGAUUCCUUUUAUGGAUUGGUAGUGGCUAAUGCUUCUCCACCACAAGCAACAACAGCAAUUAAUAAUGCAAUUACUAGUCGUUCGCCAAAUCCUAAACGCUCACGCACUAGUCCUAUAUCGGUGCCAACUACACGCCAGCGUCAAGAAUCGGUAUCAUCGAAUGGCAGUUGGCAAGUAGUUACAGAUACUGGCUCCAUAGAUUCACAGAUAACGGGCAGUUAUAUGCGAAACUUCAUUGCGCAACGCUCAGAGAGUAAUUCGGAGCAUUCAAGCAACGGCAUUCCAUUAAGUAAUGGCUCCAGUAGUUGUUCCAGUAGAAACAGCGGCAGCGACACCUUAGAUAGUGGUUCAAGCAUACAUAAUACUAGCGUCAGCAGCAAUGGCAGCGCAGGCAGCUACAACGGUAUCCAUAUGUUGCCGACGACCACCGAAGGUGUCGAGACAAGCGCUAAUGCUGACACAGCUGAUUUGGCAGCAACGAUGUCGAAUCGGAAAAAAUUACUAACAGCACGUGAAAAGCGUUUGAAUGCUGUCCGUGGCACCUUUAUCCGCGCAUAUGGCAAAGGAGUGGGCUUGAAAUUUCGGGAGGGUUCCAGUAUGAAUAUCGGAACGCUAAUAGGUACCCUGUUUUAGAGGGAACGGCGAAUAGAACAUGAACAAGCGACACGAAUUAUGUAUACACAUACCUACAUAAACACAACACACACACAAACACAUUUACACAAGUUUACCAACCGUUGGAAAACUCAUUUCGUUAGUGCUAUGCGUUGUUAUGUAUGUUAGCUGUUUUUCAACAAAUUUUAAUAUUUUUCAAAUGACAUAUCGUCGCUACCAUGUCCAACUAUCGAAUGUGCUAAAAUGCUUUUCCAUUUACGAUACCUUGCGCAUGCGUUUAAAAUGAUACGUGAGUUGGCAAAUCGUCGAAUUUCUAGUCUUCUUAGAAGCAGAAUCCCACACUUUUUCCUAAUGAUAACAACAUUUUUUGCAACAGUUCUUUUGCAAACGUUUUUUUCUUUUCCUGAAAAGUACCCAUUUUCACAUUCGAUAGUUUGACAUGGUAGCGACGAUAUGUAAAUUACAUUAUAGAGGUACGCUUCCUCUUCAACGUUAAGCCCAUUAAACUUAGAUUUUUAAGGUUUUCUAACAAUAACACGGUGCAACAAAAUAAAGAAUACUUGCACGAAAUUUUUAAGUAACCGAGUACACGUCGUAGGCAUUAUUGAGUAGUUUACAGAAUUGUGUUUGAAAACUCCAACUAAAAAUUUUCAGCUUAACUAUUUCAUAUGCUAGUUUAAAUAUGGGCUUAAAAUUAAGAAUAUUUAUUAAAAGUAAAAGAAAAAAGUAGAAAAAUGGUACAUUAUGUGAAUUUUUCGGAAAAAAUAGAAAUUGCGCCAGUUUUUUCUCAUUUCUACGGCAUUUUUUUUUUGUCAAAAUUCGAUUAGUCAUGUCUUGAAUAGUCUAUUUUAAUUAAAAUUCUUCUUUUGUAACCGCCUAAGCGAUUUUGGCCGAGUCCCACAAAGCCAGACGUGCAAUUACGACAUUUAUUCCAAGGAGACACAAUACAAUUUUUCGCAAUUCUACAUCAUAACGGUAAAUAUGAGUAAGUUCAGAGCCGUUAUCUAUUAAAUCGUUAUAAAAAAUUCUGUUGAACUGAUAACCUUUCCUCCUUUUUUGAAGUCGUUUAAAAAUUUAAGUACCCAAUUUCUUAAGAAAAAUGGCUUAUAUUUAAAGAUAGAUUUGGUAAUUAUUAGUCGAGAACUACGACGUGUACUUACUAGGUCACUCAGAAGAGAUCAGUUUUACUGUUACACAAUGAAAAUUGCCGGGAUUAUAAAUAAUUAUUAUUGUUGAAAAAUUUGUAUAAACUGAUGCAUAAGCAAACGUUAUUUGUCCUAUUGUUUUGUUUUAAUUGACUAGGCGUAAAGAUGGCGAUCGUGAAGCGUAUACAACACUCUUAAGCUCAUAUCUCAAUUAAAAUAGUUGUAACAGAUCAGCAUACAUGCAUACAUACAUAUAUGUAUGUAUCAAAGAAGUUUUUUUAAUGAAAGAUGUAUGGAUAUCCAUUUGAAAAUAAUGAGAGAGCUUAUAGGAAUGGCUGUACCAUGACCUGAGCUACGUAUGUAUAUACAUACAUA